AUGCCGCGUGCAAAGAACAGCAGUAGUGAAAAGGAGGUGGCUAUUCCUCGGCCCAGUUCCAGUGUGAUACUUGUUUCUCCGCAAAAUGAGAUUCUUCUUCUCCAUCGCGUGCAUACGUCUACAUCUUUUGCAUCUGCUCAUGUUUUCCCAGGCGGAAACCUUGCAAGCCAGGACGGCGCAUGCCCGCCUCCUGAGGAUCCUACACGACACGAUGAUGGGCCACAUUAUCGCAAUGCAGCAAUAAGAGAGCUCUUUGAGGAGAGUGGAAUUCUUCUUGCCAAGGAUGCGAGCACAGGAAAGAUGCUCGUCGUCGAUGAAGCAACUAGAGAGCAAGGCCGUGGGCUAAUUCACCAAAAUGAGAUCACAUUUGACAAGUGGUUGAAACAGCAACAUUCAACGGCUGAACCUGACAUUGAUGCGUUGAUUCCCUUCACUCGCUGGGUGACUCCAACAAAUGUUUCCAAACGAUACACUACCCAGAUGUACCUAUACUUUAUGCCCCUGCCUAAUGGUGCAGAUAAAAGGCUACUUGAAGACUUGCCUACAGAAGGUGAACGUGAAGAAAUUCAAGUUCCGACAAGCGACGGCGGUAUAGAGGUUACCGAGGCACAGUUUCUUCCAGCCUCUGAAUGGCUUCGCCGUGCACAAAGUGGGGAGAUCAUUCUGUUCCCUCCGCAAUUCCUUCUCCUGCAUCUUGUUUCCGGUUUUCUGGACCAAGAGCCUCGAUCGGAUGCGCCUGUGAAAGAGUUGGGAAAACGGCGAGCGGCUCUUGUUGAUUUUGUUCACUCGGGAUCGCCACCCUGGACACAUAAGUGCAUUUCGCCUAAAGUGCUUAAGAUGACCGAAGAUGGGCGGUCAGUAUUGGCUCUCGAUAACGCUGGUCCUGAAUUGAAGGGUUCUGAGCGACGAGGCGAAUCCGAUCGAGUUGUAGUUUUGAAAUUCAAGAAAGGGAGUUCGAGGGAGGUUACAGUAGCAUGGAAGAAGGAUAUCUUGAGAGAAGGACAGAGUCAUCUUUAG